AUGUAUAGAUAUUUAGAAAAAUGUGCAAAUUGUAUAAAAUUAAAAAGAAGAGUUAGUAGUGCGUCCUAUGGAUAUUUAAAUUUAAACGUGAAUGAUAAAGUAGUACGAUAUUUUGAAGACUUAAAAAAAAAUAUAAUUUAUAUUAAUGAUUCUAAAGAAUGCAAAAAAUAUAUAAAUGAAAUCGAACAAAAUGUUAUGAAUGAAAAUUUAAAAAUAAUAGGGUUAGAUAUUGAAGGAUAUAAAAUAGGUAGAAAUGGAACAGUAAGUAUUAUUCAAAUAUGUGCAAAGGACAUAUAUAUUUUUGAUUUAUAUAAAUGUGAUAAUAGUUAUUUGUUUGCUAAAUAUUUAAAAGAGUUAUUUGAAAAUAAAAAUAUUAUAAAAGUUACACAUGAUUGUAGAGAAGAUUGUUCUAUAUUAUUUAAUCAGUAUAAUAUUAAUUUAAAUAAUAUAUUUGAUACACAAAUUGCAUAUAACUUAAUUUUAAAAAAAUCAAAAAAAGAAUUGUAUCAAAUAAGUUAUGAUGAUUUAUUAUAUAAAUGUUUAUUUUUAAAUAAUAAUCAUAAAAUAUAUUUUCAUAAAAUUAUUUCACUUGAUAAUAAAAUUUAUUUAAAAAGACCGAUAUCAAAAGAGCUAAUUCAUUAUGCUGUUCAGGACGUUUUAUAUUUAAAACCUUUGAUGUUAAACUUAGUUGAGACUUUAAGUAAUAUAGAAAACGGCACUCCAAGAGCGGAUACUGAAGAUAGUGAAAAUGAUGAAGAUAGUGAAAAUGAUGAAAAUAGUGAAAAUAAUGAAAAUAGUGAAAAUAGUGAAAAUAGUGAAAAUAAUACGAACACAAAUUAUGACCAAAAUGGAAAGGAUAAUAAUCUUAGCCUUGACGUAUGUAAAGACACACAACACAUAAUCGAAAAAAAUAAUAAUUUUCAUUUUAUAAAUUAUGUAAUAGAAAAAAGCCAAAAAUAUAUUGAUUACCAACAUUUAAAUUCGCAUAUAAAAAAUGAAAAACAUUUACAAAAAGGAAUGAUAAUUGAAGGAAUGGUAGUUUCAUGUAAUAAUAUAAAUCUUUAUGUUAAAUUAAAUUUAAGCAAAAGGGGGGUUAUAAAAAAUUUUAUGAACAAUACAUAUGAAAUAGGGGAUAUUGUUAAGUGUGUAAUUUUGGAUUUUUGUGAAAAUGAUUUUAUAAAAUUGGGGUUACUUGAUUCAUCCACUUUAGAAAUGACUACCACAACCAAGUGA